UCUUCGAGGGGAGGUAGACGCACGCGGGCGCGGCACGGAGCCAGCGUUACUCCAUGAGCUCCACUCAACGCUGCCGCCUGCCGCGCCCGAAACCUGGCACACAAUUUCCCUCAUUCUCAAGGGGCUCGUCUUUAUCACAAUCAUCCUUGGGGCACUUCUUGGAAAUGCUCUCGUAAUCAUAUCUGUCCACCGUCAUCGCAAGCUUCGAGUUAUCACUAACUACUACGUCGUCAGUCUUGCAGUUGCUGAUAUGCUGGUCGCUUUGUGCGCCAUGACUUUCAACGCUAGUGCUGAACUAACUGACACUUGGCUCUUUGGGCCACUCGUCUGUGAUAUCUUCAAUUCCCUCGACGUGUAUUUCUCAAGCGCCUCCAUCCUACACUUAUGCUGCAUAUCCGUUGAUAGAUAUUAUGCAAUAGUCCGACCAUUAGAAUAUCCGGUGACUAUGACGCACAGAACAGUCUGUUUUAUGCUGGCAAACGUCUGGCUUUGGCCAGCAUUCAUAAGCUUUGUUCCCAUAUUUAUGGGAUGGUACACAACAGAACAGCAUCGUCAAUUACGAAAAGCGCAUCCAGAUGUAUGUAUGUUCAAAACGAAUAUGAUAUACGCCUUAAUAUCGUCAAGUGUUUCGUUUUGGAUACCAAGUAUCGUCAUGAUAUCAAUGUAUUGUAAGAUUUUUAGAGAAGCUAUUAGGCAAAGAGAAGCGCUGACAAGGACUUCAUCAAAUAUUUUGCUCAAUUCUGUCCAUAUGAAACAUACGUCGCACAGUGCACAUCAUUCUCAUUAUCUACACCCUGAUAGAAGACCAUCAGAUAUAAGUCCAAACUACAGCACCUUUACGGAGGUUGGUCCAGAGGAAACAGAGUUUGGCGGAGAAGUUGUGAUGGCUUUGGGUGACAUUUGUCCUAGUAAGGAGGCCAGUCCGAGAAAAUCAGUAAAUAUAAGUUGUGAUACAGCUAGUUCUGGAUAUUGUUCUGGAGGCUCCAACAAGAGAUCAUCAAGUGGACAGCCACCUCCUGGAUGGAGGCCAAGCUGUACAUCAGCAGUGGCAAAUAGAGAAUUAGCAAAAGCAGCAACAGAGCUGAAUUCUCAAGGUGCAUCGUUACGGGCGGCGGGCAAGUCGUGGCGUGCUGAGCAUAAAGCUGCCCGCACACUGGGCAUUAUUGUCGGCGCAUUCUUAUUGUGCUGGCUACCAUUUUUUCUUUGGUACGUAACAACAAACGUCUGCGGCGAGCCGUGUGAUACGCCGUCGGUGGUCGUCGGGGUUUUAUUCUGGAUCGGUUACUUCAACUCCGCAUUGAACCCGUUAAUAUACGCGUAUUUUAACCGCGACUUUCGAGACGCGUUUAAAAACACGCUCAUGUGUGCUCUCCCUUGCUGUUUCAGCUGUUGGAAAGACACGGGCACAGCGUCGUUCGUGUGA